GCCCGCAGCGGCGCGCCGCGCGCUUCCGGGCCGACUGCGACCGGUUCCUGAUGAACGCCAAGCUGUUCGUGGCGAUGGGCGUGCCGUGGGCGGUGGACGUCAUCUCCGACUUCAUCAUGGAGCCCCGUUGGGUGUGGUACGUGCCCGAGGCGCUUCUCUCUCUGCAGGGCGUGUUCAUCUUCUGCAUCUUCGUGCUGAAGCGCAAGGUGCUGGUGCGCGUGCGCAAGCGCCUGGCCUCCCUGUGCGCGCGCUGCUGCUGCUGCUGCCCGUGCUGCGACGGCGACGGCGGCAGCUCCGACACCGAGGCGCGCGGCGCCACCACCGGCGCGGGCGCUAACAGCCUGCGCCAGCCGCUAACGCCCUCGGCCGCCGCCGCGGUCGCUGCGGCCGCCGGCGCUAACGCGCGACACGUGCACAAGAGCGCCAGCAGCUCCACGCUGUGCACCGUCACCGCCAGCGAGCUGCAGUCGCCCGGCCUGCUGAGGCUGUCGCCGUCGCCCACCCGCGCCAGGGCGGAGCGUUGAGGAAGCGUCGCCGACGGCAGUCCGGUCACGUGGGUGGCGUGAAGGGAGCCGAUUUAAUACGACAGUUGGUGGAAAUCUCCAAAAUGCUCAGGGUAGCCCCUGCGUGGGAGAUUUCUGACUCACGAAUUCCCAACACGGCAGCAGACAAUGUACUCUCUAGGCUGAAUGUAUUGUAUGGACGUUUGGCGGAAACUACAGCCACCAUGCAGUCUCGG